AUGGCGAAUACCACCCUUGUUGUGUCACUCAACGACUCGAACCACGGAGAUCCGAAUCUUUUUUGUCGGCACGCCCAAUGGUCCGACAUCAUCAUUUUCUUCAUCGGUAACUACCUUGCGCACGCUGCAACAAUCACGACCUUUCCGGGUGAAAUAUGGCAAGACGUUACAUUGGCUACAGCCCUAGCACUGCUAUUUCCCAUGUCGGGAGUGAUUCGCGGAGUGCGCGCAAUACAAAGUUUGGCAAUUUUUGGGCAUAACGACCUGGAAAAGGCGGCCAGGGCAAGGGCGCUCGCCGUGAUCGUAGAUCAAGAUACUCCAGGAGAUGUUCCGAGUUCAACAAAAGUUCACGGUGCAUGCUAUCCACGUGAGGGCUACGCUCUAAACUUUGUUCCGAAAUACACUAAAUUUAGAGCCAUUACAGCCUCUGGAAAGCAUGUACAAAUUUCCUGCAGCUAUAAUGUUGUAAAAGUACUUGCUUCCAUUGGCCAAACUGUCUUUGCAGCUGUAACUCUGUACCGAGCUCGAGGCGACCAGAUUGAUCGCUACGGGUAUGCGUCCUUUAGUCUCACCGUGACCCCCUAUAUAUUCAUGCCAGUUAUCAACCUGCUCGGGAACCUCGUAUGCCCUACGUACCCGGCAAUAUAUAUCGUUAGGUCGAAUGGCCUAGGCCAUGGAUUCAGUGUCGACGGCAUGGUCGGAGAUAUCAAGGACACAAAAUCAAAGGGAUGGCGAAUCCCGCUCUACGUUUCUAACGCCAUCAACUGGGCCAUCGCCACAGUGUGCGCUGCCGCGCCGAUCGCCAUCAUUGGAGGCAUGUCAUCAUUUCAAAGUGGCUCCAGCACGCUGCCUCAGCGGGUGUGGACUAUGACCUGGCUAGCACUAGGCAGCAGCUUGGUCAUUAUCGUAGACACAAGCAAGCAUAUCCUAGACGCGAGACGUCGCUACCUGGUCUUGAGGAUAUCAUACGAAGAAGAGUUGAAAAAGCUGGUGUCUCCAUUUAAAGAAAUAAUUGGGGGGAUUAAGGGAGCGGAGGCGGAAUUUAAUGCAAAGCGCAAUCUAAUACAGCCACCGCUGACUUGGGCAUCAGCGACAGCGACUAUAGACACAUGGGAGUUGCAGAAGCAAGAAAUCCUUGGACCGGCAAGAGAAUUGGCUAACGAGCUAAGAGAAAUGCCUAGGGGAAGGCUUCACAAACUAGAAUUGGAUGAUUUCAAGCGGCAGAAAAUGAUCGGAGAUUUGGAAAACCUGGUCAAAACAUUCACAAUGGAGGAUAAGCAGGAGACACUAAGAAAAAUCUGGGACAUUAUGCAAAAGAAAUUCUUACCGUCUACCAGUGACAGCACACAGCCUGUCGAGCUAGAGUCAACGCGAAGGAGUAUAUCUAAACAGAAACAGUAUCUAGAGGACGUACAUCCGUUCCAGCAUCGUGAGAAUGACUUCUAUAUGUGGCUCGGGCUGUUGGUUGUGUGUGGUGCACCCGCGAUAGGAGGCUUUGUUGUGGUUGGGCAAAUGAUCAUAGAUUACGGUGUUUGUAUUCGUAUCGCUUGA